AGGGGCGCGGUCUUUUUAAAGUUUCGUGUGCAUAUUUUUGCGAGAAGUGCAACGAGAAAUUUGCAAGUGCAACGUUUUUCGCAGCAUCUGCUAAGGAUUUUCUUUCUGCACGAUGAAGCUGCGUGUCUUUCCCAUCCGCCGAAGUCGCGAGUGAGCGCAAAUUACACAAACGGAGCGGUCUCCGUUGCAAAGGGCACGCUGCUGCGUGGAGUGAAAGUAAUUUAUAUACGGCAGCGGGCGAGCCUCUUUUGCUCUUCUUGCGGUGCAUGCAUACCUUCCAGGGCAGUCGAAGGUAGAAUACGGAAGUGUCUUGACCGUAGAGAAGUGAUCUAGCUAUAGGAGCACAAAAUGAGUCCGCACGGUGAUUUGAAUUAUAACUUUCAGAUGCGAUCAAAUGGCGAGGAAGCAGAACUUUUGUAUGACGCGUCGCUCCUCAAGAAACUGGACUUCAGUAAAGCGCGAACCAGAUUCGAGCCAAAAAUCAGCGCCGCCAACCCUGGCCCUGGCCUUCUCGUGCGUCCCCUGAGCACGGACGACUACGAAAAAGGAUUUCUACAACUACUAAGUCAGCUCACCAAAGUUGGAGACAUUAGCAAGGAAGAAUUCCUUGAUCGAUUUGCUUCAAUGAAGCGCUGCGCGAACACUUAUUAUGUGACUGUGAUCGAAGACACUGAGCUGGGAAAAGUGAUCGGGGCCGCCACACUAGUCGUCGAGCAAAAGUUCAUUCGCAACCUCGCACUGCGAGCAAAACUGGAGGACGUGGUUGUGAACGACACCUACAGAGGAAAACAACUGGGCAAAUUAAUUAUUUCAACAAUCAGCCUUCUCGCCGAGGAACUUGGCUGCUACAAAAUCAACUUGGACUGCAAAGAUCACAUGGUGCCCUUUUACUCGGGACUUGGCUAUCGGUGCGAGGAGGGCAACGCCAACUCAAUGUCGAUCAGGCUAACCGCAGACGGGGCCAACAAUGCCAAGCUUUUGUGUUUGACUGCACGCGAAAAUAUAUGUGCUUGUUUACGAAAUGCGAGGACUAACCACUGACCCCAAGAGAUUCUGCGGAGUGAGUCAGCAAAUUUUACUUCUUUCUAACUAGAUCAAAAUAACCCAGUUCAACUUGACUGUUUGGGGUUUCUGUUUCUUCAACUGGGGGUUUAGCAAGGCAAUUGUCACGAAUUGGAAAAAAAAUGUUCAUUUUUAUAUUUCAUUAUAUUAUAACUGUUAUAAUUUAUUCUACUCAAUUUGAAUUAUUUGGAAAUUUGGACGUGUUUUAGAAAUUAAUUGAAUAAAAAGAUUUUUAAUUUCAACUUCAA